AUGGUAUCAUUUACCGGAAGGUAUAUUUUCCAAAAAUAUUGCGCGGAAAAUAUACUAGUCAAUAUACAAUUAACAUGGAGUUAUGUCCGAAAAAGAAGAAUACUGUCUGCUAAAGUUCAUAUCUAUCUAUCUAUCUAUCUAUCUAUCUAUUUAUCUAUCUAUCAGGAUAUUCAUAACUCUCUAUCUAUCUAUCUAUCUAUCGAUCUAUCUAUUUAUCUAUCUAUCAGGAUAUUCAUAUCUAUCUAUCUAUCUAUCUAUCUAUCUAUCUAUCUAUCUAUCUAUCUAUCUAUCUAUCUAUCUAUCUAUCAGGAUAUCUUAUCUAUCUAUCUAUCUCUCUCUAUCUAUCUAUCUAUCUAUCAAGAUCUAUCUAUUUAUCUAUCUAUCAGGAUAUUCUAUAAUUCAUCUCUCUAUCUAUCUAUCUAUCUAUCUAUCGAUCUAUCUAUUUAUCUAUCUAUCAUCUAUAUUAUCUAUCUAUCUAUCUAUCUAUCUAUCUAUCUAUCUAUCUAUCUAUCUAUCUAUCAGGAUAUUCAUAUCAUUCUAUCUAUCUAUCUAUUCUAUCUAUCUAUCUAUCUAUUCAUAUAUUCAUCUAUCUAUCUAUUUAUCUAUCAAGAUGUUCAUAUCUAUCUAUUUAUCUAUCUAUCUAUCUAUAUUCAUCUAUCUAUCUAUCUGAUGUUCUAUUCAUAUCUAUCUAUCUAUCUGGCUAUCUAUUCUCUCAUCUCUCUCUCUCUCUCUAUCUAUCUAUCUAUCUAUCCAACUGCCUAUCUAUUAUCUAUUCAUAUCUAUCUAUCUAUCUAUCUAUCUAUCUAUCUAUCUAUCUAUCUAUCUAUUUGUUGUUAUUCAUUUUAUCGCUAUAUCAAUUGA